UCACGCUCAAAGGCGCUUCGGCAACUGCUUGCUUCGUCACUCUCACUCGCAUUUCACGAGCCACUACUGCUCCAAUUCUCACCCCCUCGAAUGCCUCAUCGUCAAUGUCACUUGGCAGGCUCCCCAGCUUCGUCCAUGGCGUUCACACUAUCAACAACCUCCUCUAUUCCUUCAACGAGUCCCCCGCUCUUGUUGUUUUGCCCCUUUCUUCCUGCCCUAUCCGAGUUUUCUCCGCCUCCGCCGUAGCCGGUGCCGGUGGCGCUGCUUCUACCAGGAGCCACCGGGCGAGGAGGAACGGCCGCGGCGGAGAUGAAACCGGUGUGAAGAGACGGGAUCAUGCUCUAGGUAUUGCGGAAGAGGACGACGAAAGAGGGGAGAGAAAAGUGCGAUGUGAGGUCGAUGUGAUCUCAUGGAGGGAACGGAGGAUUCGAGGCGAAAUCUGGGUCGAUGCAGACGUUCAAUCCGUCUGGAAUUCUCUCACUGAUUACGAGCGACUCGCCGAUUUCAUCCCCAAUCUCGUUUGCAGCGGGAGAAUUCCGUGCCCACACCCGGGGCGUAUAUGGUUGGAACAAAGAGGCUUUCAAAGGGCGCUGUAUUGGCAUAUCGAGGCUAGGGUUGUCCUCGAUCUCCAGGAAUGCUGAAUGCUAUCUGGUCCAAAUGGCCGUGAACUUCACUUCUCUAUGGUAGAUGGCGACUUCAAAAAGUUUGAAGGGAAGUGGUCUUUGAACUGUGGUACGAGGUCAGAAGGAACUGUCUUAUCGUAUGAAGUGAAUGUGAUUCCGAGAUUUAACUUCCCAGCCAUUUUCUUAGAGAGGAUCAUCAGAUCAGAUCUCCCUGUAAAUCUACAAGCUUUAGCUUGCCAGGCGGAAAGAAAUUAUAAAGGCUAUCCAUGGGGCAGAACAUCUCUGCCAGCCACCCCUUUGCACGGGACUGACUUUGAAGGUCUUCCUUCUGAAAACGGCAAACUUUCCCCCAGAGAAUACGAAGAGAGUUCAGCUACCUUGGGGGUUGGGCAAUUACCUCCUUCAAAUGAGUUGAACAACAACUGGAAUGUGUUUCGAAAAGUCUGCAAACUUGAUAGGCCUUGCACGGUGGAUGAAGUUCAUCUUCGUAGAUUUGAUGGUCUAUUGGAAAACGGAGGUGUUCAUCGAUGUGUUGUUGCGAGCAUAACUGUUAAAGCCCCUGUUCGUGAGGUUUGGAAUGUUCUAACGGCUUAUGAGAGUCUUCCAGAGAUAGUUCCGAAUUUAGCAAUCAGCAAGAUUUUGUCGAGAGAAAACAAUAAAGUCCGCAUAGUUCAGGAAGGAUGCAAGGGCCUAUUGUACAUGGUGCUUCAUGCGCGAGCUGUCCUGGAUUUGCAUGAAUAUCGCGAGCAGGAAAUUAGAUUUGUGCAGGUUGAAGGAGACUUCGACUCACUUCAGGGUAAAUGGCUUUUGGAGCAGUUGGGAAGUCACCACACGCUGCUUAAGUAUACUGUGGAGUCGAAAAUAAGAAAAGACACAUUACUUUCUGAAGCCAUCAUGGAAGAGGUUAUUUAUGAAGAUCUUCCAUCAAACUUAUGUGCAAUACGGGAUUACAUCGAGAAAAGAGAAGGAGAGAAAUCUUUGGAAGCAUGUAAACUGGAAACAAGACAGGUUUCCGAAGAAACAGAUUCAGCAUCUAGUGACACACAGACAGGUUGUAGCGCAGCAGAGGAGACAGUCUAUGAGAGUGGGGGUAUGAAUCAAACUAAGCAGAGACCAAGAAUUCCUGGCCUGCAAAGGGACAUCAAAGUCCUGAAAUCCGAGCUUCUGAAGUUCGUAUCGGAACAUGGACAGGAAGGGUUUAUGCCCAUGAGAAAGCAACUCCGCUUGCACGGGAGGGUUGAUAUUGAGAAGGCCAUUACACGUAUGGGUGGGUUUAGGAGAAUCGCUUCCUUGAUGAAUCUAUCGCUUGCUUACAAACACCGCAAACCAAAGGGAUACUGGGACAAUCUUGAAAAUCUGCAAGAUGAGAUAGGCAGAUUUCAGAAGAAUUGGGGAAUGGACCCGUCAUUCAUGCCUAGCAGAAAGACGUUUGAGCGUGCAGGUCGGUAUGACAUUGCGCGGGCGCUGGAGAAGUGGGGAGGGCUGCACGAAGUGUCGCGGCUCUUGGCAUUGAAAGUGAGGCACCCAAACAGACAAACAAACGCCACCACCAAAGAGAGCAGUAAGAGGAGCGAGUCUGAUGCAACUUUCAUUGCUAAUAAUAGACCUUACGUUUCUCAAGAUACACAUAAAUGGCUCUCCAAACUUAAAGAUCUUGACAUCAAUUGGGUCCAAUAGGAUGGAUAUUAGACUGUUGUUGAUGUAUGUAUGUAUGUACGCAUGCAUUUCGCUGUCCGAAUCCUUUAUUAAAUUGUACAGAGAACUAUGGGUUUCGCUAUAACGUAGAAUGAUAUAUUUUUUUUUGAUAA